UACAAUAACAUCUUUUAUUUAAUUUCCUCGGAGGAGGCGCGUUUCAUCGCCGCAGACGCACGGCGCAUGUUCCUCUGAACCCGAGUCCACCUGUGUGAAUAAGUAGGAGAGAUUUGUUCAUUUCCAGGAACGUGGCUGUGCAACUCCUCUUCCUCACCGGACAGAGAGGGGAAUCCGUCAACGUCAUUUAAACGGGAAUAACUGCUUUAAUUUUCUACGAGUGAAUUUGCGCGUCCUGAGCGGAUUGUAAGAGAGGAAAGUCGCCCGUUUGCUCCUGAUCAAAGGGACAGAUCAGGUCGUUCCAGCAGGGAAUACUCCGGUUCGGAAGAAAUCCCCGUCCAAAUUUGAGUACUCUAGAGAGACGAGAAGGAGCGUACACAAUGCCACUUGCUCAACUGGCAGAACCAUGGCCCAAAAUGGAGUUGGUGCAGCUGGAGACGGAGAAUGGGCAGAGCACCACUGAGGAUGGGGUCACUUCAGCUGAUAAGCAGUACAAUUCACAGAUCACCUGGGCAGAGAAAGAGUUUGCUGGUAUCAAUGUGAAGGAGGAUGGUGACAUCAAAGAGAUCAACAUCACACAUGUUGUUAAGGAGGGGGCGGAGAAAGCGGACCCCUCACAGUUCGAGCUGCUCAAAGUGCUGGGGCAGGGCUCAUUUGGAAAGGUGUUUUUAGUACGAAAAUUAACCCCUCCUGACAAUAACCAGCUCUAUGCCAUGAAGGUCCUGAGGAAGGCCACACUCAAAGUGAGGGAUCGUGUGAGGACUAAAAUGGAGAGAAACAUCCUGGCAGACGUCAACCAUCCGUUUGUGGUUAAACUCCAUUAUGCUUUUCAGACGGAGGGUAAACUCUAUCUGAUUCUGGACUUCCUCAGAGGAGGGGAUCUGUUCACCAGGCUGUCCAAAGAGGUGAUGUUUACAGAAGAAGAUGUGAAGUUUUAUCUGGCUGAACUGGCACUGGGUCUAGAUCACCUGCACGGCAUCGGCAUCAUCUACAGAGAUCUCAAACCUGAGAACAUCCUCCUGGAUGAAGAGGGACAUAUCAAACUCACAGAUUUUGGACUGUGUAAGGAGGCCAUCGACAAUGAGAAGAAGGCUUACUCGUUUUGCGGGACGGUGGAGUACAUGGCUCCGGAGGUGGUUAAUCGGCAGGGUCACACCCACAGCGCUGACUGGUGGUCAUUUGGGGUACUGAUGUUUGAGAUGCUUACGGGUUCUCUGCCAUUCCAGGGAAAAGACAGAAAAGAAACAAUGAAUCUAAUCCUGAAAGCGAGGUUGGGGAUGCCUCAGUUCCUGAGCGCUGAGGCUCAGAGCUUACUGAGAGCUCUGUUCAAGAGGAACCCCACCAACAGACUGGGAUCUGAUCCAGACGGAGCUGAGGAAAUCAAACGCCAUUCAUUCUUUAUCACGAUUGAUUGGAAUAAACUCUUUAGACGAGAAAUAAAACCUCCAUUCAAGCCAGCAGUGGCCAGACCUGACGAUACCUUUUACUUUGACUCAGAGUUCACUUCUCGUACCCCCAAAGAUUCCCCAGGUGUUCCUCCCAGUGCAGGGGCUCAUCAGCUCUUCCGGGGCUUCAGCUUUGUUGCCACAGCAAUGCUAGAGGAGGAGGGCAAAGAAGAGCCAUCUCAGCCCCCUCCACACCCUGUAGUACAGCAGCAGCUUCACGGUAAGAACAUCUUGUUCAGCGAUGGUUACAUACUGAAGGAGGACAUCGGCAUGGGCUCUUUCUCUGUCUGCAAACGCUGCAUACACAAAACAACCAACACAGAGUACGCAGUGAAGGUGAUUGAUAAAACAAACACUGACCCAUCAGAAGAAAUUGAGAUCCUGCUGAGAUACGGCCAGCACCCCAACAUCAUCACUCUCAAAGAUGUGUAUGACAAUGGGAAGCAGAUGUACCUGGUCACUGAGCUGAUGCGAGGAGGUGAACUGCUGGACAGAAUCCUCAAGCAGAAGUUUUUCUCAGAGAGAGAGGCUAGUGCUGUGCUGCACACUAUCACAAAGACCGUGGAAUACCUGCACUCUCAAGGGGUUGUUCACAGGGACCUGAAGCCCAGUAAUAUUCUGUACGUCGAUGAGUCUGGUAAUCCAGAAUCUCUGCGCAUCUGUGAUUUUGGUUUUGCCAAGCAGCUCCGGGCAGACAAUGGCCUUCUCAUGACACCCUGCUAUACUGCCAACUUUGUAGCACCCGAGGUACUGAAAAGACAGGGCUAUGACGAGGGCUGUGACAUUUGGAGUCUUGGAGUAUUACUAUACACUAUGCUUGCUGGUUUUACUCCAUUUGCCAAUGGACCAGAAGACACUCCAGAAGAGAUUCUGAGUCGGAUAGGGAGCGGACACUUUACUCUGAUGGGAGGCAACUGGGACGCGGUGUCUGAUGCUGCCAAAGAUUUGGUCUCUAAAAUGCUCCAUGUGGACCCUCACCAGCGGCUCACAGCCAAGCAGGUCCUGAAACAUCCUUGGAUCAUUCAGAGAGACAAACUUCCAAACAGCCAGCUACAACAUCAAGAUGCCAAGCUUGUCAAGGGGGCGAUGGCUGCCACAUAUUCAGCACUGAAGAGUUCCCAACCACCCCCUGAACUGAAGCCCAUCGUGUCCUCAUUCCUGGCGCAGAGACGGGUGAAAAAGCUUCCUUCCACAUCUCUGUAGAGAAGGAGGAAUGAAGAAUUGGAGUAGUACUCCAGACUGAAUGCAGUUGUGUAAAGGACUGAUGGAUGGAAGAACCACACUGAAGCUCUACGGACUAAAGACGGUCUCUUGAACCUGCCCAUGACAUCAGCACUGCAGUGGAGCUGGCAAGCACACUAGGCAAGGGAGGUGAUUGACAGAUGAAGUUUGAGGGGCGUGGCCAGUGAGAGUUCCAUUCUCCCAGAAGUAGGGGUGUGUGUGUGUGUGUGUGUGUGUGUGUGUG